AUGAACGGAUCCAACCACAAGGUCUUGGUACGCAACUUUGAGAACGUGGUGCGAGGCGAUGUUGCGUCCGUGGGAGGUAAGAAUGCCUCCUUGGGAGAGAUGAUCGGUGGCCUCAAGGCAGAGGGCAUCGUAGUCCCACCGGGCUUUGCCACAACCGCCGACGCCUACUGGCGCUAUGUCGAUGCCAACGACAUCCGGGGAAAGAUGACCAGGCUGAUCGGGGAAUGGCAAUCUGGCAAAGCGACUCUCCCAGAGACAGGCCAUGCGGUACGAAAUCUGUUCUUGCGUGGUGACUGGCCCGCGGAUGUGUCGACCGCCAUCACCAACGCCUACCAGCAGCUUUCGGCGCAGGCAGGUAUCAACGAUCUGUCGGUUGCCGUGCGCUCCAGUGCCACCGCCGAGGACUUGCCCGACGCCAGCUUUGCUGGCCAGCAAGAAACCUUUCUGAACAUCUCGGGUCCAGCUGCGCUGCUCAACGCCUGCCGACGUUGCUAUGCCUCGCUCUUCACCGACCGGGCCAUCAGCUACCGUCAGACGGCACAUUUUGAUCACCUCAAAGUCGCCCUCUCUAUCGGUGUGCAACGCAUGGUUCGUUCGGAUGCUGCCGGUUCUGGGGUUAUGUUCACGCUCGACACCGAGAGCGGGUUUAACAAGGUCGUGCUCAUCAACGCCGCCUGGGGUUUAGGCGAGAACGUCGUCCAGGGCACGGUCAAUCCCGACGAAUAUCAAGUGUUCAAGCCUCUUCUCACCAACCCCGACCUCGUCCCCAUCAUCGAGAAGAAACGGGGUGAGAAAGCCAUGAAGAUGGUCUACGGAAACGAGCAUAUGCCCACCCGCAACGUGCCCACCUCGAAGGCCGAGAGGAACAGCUUCGUGCUCAGUGACCUUGAAAUCCUUAACCUGGCGCGCUGGGCGUGCAUCAUCGAGAACCACUACAAAUGCCCCAUGGACAUAGAGUGGGCCAAGGACGGUAUCACAGGCGAGAUGUUCAUCGUCCAGGCGCGGCCGGAGACGGUGCAGGCACGGCGUGAAGCGGGCGUCUUCAAAACCUACAAGAUUGGCAAAAAGGGCCGCGUUCUGGCGACCGGUCUUUCGGUGGGCGAGGCUGCCGUGUCAGGUCGUUUGUGUCUUAUCGAGACCGCCAAAGACAUUGGCAAAUUCGUGGAUGGGUCGAUUCUGGUGACGGAGACGACGGAUCCGGACUGGGUGCCCAUCAUGAAACGAGCUGCCGCCAUCAUCACCGACCAUGGCGGCCGAACGUCGCACGCAGCUAUCGUCAGCCGUGAGCUGGGUGUUCCGGCCGUCGUCGGGACGGGCAAUGCCACGUACAUCCUCCACACGGGACAGGAUGUCACCGUAUCGUGCGCCGAGGGCGACACCGCGUUCGUCUACGAAGGCAUCUCCGACAUCACCACGAAAGAGGUCGACGUGACCGGGCUACCCCCGACACGCACCAACGUCAUGCUCAAUCUGGCCAACCCAGCAUCCGCCUAUCGCUGGUGGCGUCUCCCCGCCGACGGCAUCGGACUCGCACGGAUGGAAUUCGUCGUCAGCAGCAUCCAAGUCCACCCGAUGGCCCUGGUCCACUUCGAGAAGUUGAAGGAUGAAAAGGCCCAGGCCGAAAUCACCAGACUCACCGCCGGGUACAAGGACAAGCCCGAGUACUUCGUAGACAAGCUCUCCCGGGGGCUGGCCUGCCUGUGCGCGGCCGUCUACCCCAAGCCGGCCAUCAUCCGGAUGAGCGACUUCAAAACGAAUGAGUACGCCAACCUCAUCGGCGGAAAGGACUUUGAGCCACACGAAGAGAAUCCCAUGUUAGGGUUCCGGGGGGCGUCGCGGUACUACUCGCCGCGGUACAAGGAGGGAUUCGCGCUUGAAUGCCGCGCGAUCAAACGGAUCCGGGAGGAGAUGGGCUUCACCAACGCGAUCGUGAUGAUCCCCUUCUGCCGGACGGUGGGCGAAGCCGCCAAAGUGAUGGAGGUGAUGGCGGAGAACGGCCUGCGGCGCGGCGAGCACGGGCUGCAGGUGUACGUGAUGUGUGAGAUCCCGUCCAACGUGAUCCUGGCUGAGGAGUUCACGCGCCAGUUCGACGGCUUCUCCAUCGGGUCCAACGACCUGACGCAGCUGACGCUGGGGGUGGACCGCGACUCAGCCGAGCUGGCCGACCUGUUCGACGAGCAGGACGCCGCCGUCAAGUGGAUGAUCGAGCGGGUCAUCGCGGUCGCGCGCCAGGCGGGACGCAAGAUCGGCCUCUGCGGCCAGGCGCCCAGCAAUCACCCCGAGUUUGCGGACUUCCUGGUCAAGUGUGGCAUCAGUUCCGUCUCGGUCAGCCCGGACAGUUUUCUCGAGGUCAAGAGGCACGUCAUUGCCAGUGAGAAGGCGAACUAA